AUGAUCCAGAUGGUGAUGUUUCUGGGAAUUUAUGCAUUUCCCAAAGGUAGCAUGAGUGCAUGUGUAAUAGCCUGUGCUUCUGACAACACCAGCUCAUUGCAACAAUGCUCACAAGGGUUCAAAUGCUGCUCAAUUGGUUGUGGAAAAAUGUGCAGGAGAGGUAAUUUACAUAUUUACAUGAGAGAUUCAGUCUGUCCACUGAUGAAGUGCCGCUAUAUGUGUGACAAUGUUUACAGAGUAAACAACAUAGGUUGUCGUACCUGUGAAUGUAAAAACCCAUGUGAGGUAAGUCAUUUGUGA